GACUCCCCCCAAGUUCCGCGGACUUUCACGUAGAAAUAAUUAAAACAAAGCACGACUAGAAACACACGCGUCAUUUAUUAAUGUUCCUUGGUUUCUCCAUAAAUCUCUUGCUUCUCCUCCAACCAUCUCCGCUGUAGGUGUGUGUGUGAGAGAGAGAGUAUGUCGGAAGAGUCGAGCACCACCUCGACCGCCACCAGCGGCGAGGAAAGAACGCUCGAAUCGACGCCCACCUGGGCCGUGGCGACCGUCUGCUUCGUCUUGAUAUUGGUCUCCGUCUUCCUCGAACAUCUGAUCCAGCUCCUAGGUCAGUACUUGCGAAGCAAGAGGAAGAGGUCUCUGAUUCAGGCCCUGGACAAGAUCAAAUCAGAGCUGAUGCUGUUGGGGUUCAUAUCGUUGCUUCUGACCAUGACCGAGAGGCCGAUUGCAAACAUCUGCAUUCCGAAGAGCGUGGCCGAGACGUUCCUGCCUUGCAGCAGCUGGGAAUCUAGUGAGGAAGAGGAAGAAACUAAGUGCCUUGAGCAGGGGAAGGUGUCUCUUUUGUCGAGGGAAGGAGUGCAGCAAUUGCAGUACUUGAUCUUUGUGCUCGCCUUCUUCCAUUCCCUCUCCUGCAUGCUCACUUUCGCACUCGGGAUGGCCAAGAUGAGGAAGUGGGAAUCGUGGGAGGCAGAGACGAGGACUUUGGAGUACCAAUUCUCAAACGACCCGAGAAGGUUCAAGCUCGUCCAUCAGACCUCAUUCGCGAGACGGCACCUGACUUAUUGGAGCGAUCACCGUCUUCUACGUUGGCCGGCAUGUUGUCUUCGGCAGUUUUAUAAUUCCGUCUCGAAAGUAGAUUAUCUGACUCUGCGUCAUGGAUUUAUUACGGCGCAUUUGUCUGAAGGGAGCACGUUUGACUUCCAGAAGUACAUCAAAAGGGCUUUGGAGAAAGAUUUUGGUGUUGUUGUUGGGAUAAGCUUCUGGAUGUGGAUCUUCCUAGUCAUUUUCAUAUUCUUCCAUGCACAUGGGUUCUAUAAUUAUCUAUGGCUUCCCUUUAUUCCACUAGUGAUGUUGUUGCUGGUGGGAACAAAGCUACAAGGAAUAAUAACAAAGAUGGGCAUUGAUAGCCAUGAUAAGUCUCAUGUUGUGAGAGGGACUUUGUUGGUCAGACCAAGCGACCAUUUUUUCUGGUUUGGGAGACCCAAAUUGCUACUUCACCUCAUUCACUUCAUCCUUUUUCAGAAUUCCUUCCAAGUGGCAUUCUUCACAUGGACUUGGUACAAGUUCGGAUUCCGAUCAUGCUUCCACGAAAGCACAAAGGAUAUUGUGAUCAGGUUCACGAUGGGAGCUUUGGUACAAUUCAUUUGCGGCUACGUCACUUUGCCUCUCUACGCUUUGGUCACCCAGAUGGGCACGUCAAUGAGAGGAGCCGUUUUCACGGAGAACGUACGCAAGGGACUCAAGAGAUGGCGAGCCACCGCUCAGAAAAAGCUCGCCCUCCGUGACCCUUACGCCGCCCGCCUCUCGCUCGAUGCUUCCGUCACGUCGCUGGACGCUUCAGUCACGUCGCUCGACGCUUAUUCUCCUUCUUUCAGUCUCGACGCCUCCUUCUCCAUCAACCUCAGUCCGACUGACCUUGAGUCGUCGAUCGCCCUCAAAGCAGUGGAAGACGUCAAGAACAAUUCCGGUCUGAAGACCGUGGAAGAGCGCCCGCGGAAGGGAUCUUUCGGUGGUUUUGUAACCAACUCGACGACGUGAUUUUAAUGUCACAUUGGAAAAGGGAAAAGGUUAUUGCGCUUGAAAUCGGAUCUAGUGAACGUAGGAUAGAUCAGAACAAGGUCACUAGAAGAGGGAAGUCGAUCGGCAGCCAUAUACCAUUUUUUGGACAGGCUUCCGCGCGGAUGAUCGAUUUGGGAGAAGAGUGGAAGGAUCGGGCAGUGAUUUUACCAUGCUCGUUUUCUCGCUAGAACUAUCAGUAUUAUUCGCCAGUUUGGUGUAUAUUUUCAUUUGUUGAUACAUGGAAAAAUAUAGUAGGGACAUUGUUGAUGUCUCAUUUAUCU